AAAAAAAAUCUCAAUCAGGUAGAGCACAUAUGCCUGGCUAUAAGAGCUAUAAUUAAGAAGCAUUUUUGUGGAUUCAUAUGUGGAAUCCAUUCUACUCUGAUUCUCCCACUAUUUAUAUCCCAUCUUCAACACAAACUUGAAACCAAUUAUUCCCACCAAAACUAAAUUGGAAAGCUUUUUAUUUUUUUUCGGCUGCAAAUCUUGCUUCGUUUUCUAAUAUAUUCCUUUCUCAGAGACAUAAUAUGAUGUUCAUUCAAUCUCCCCCAAUCAACGCCAAAGCCCAUAUUUACUCUAUUUAAAUUUCUAAAACUCUCUUCCCCUACUAGUCCAAAAAACAAAACUACAUUACACUCUUCCCACACAGAAGAGGGCAAAAAAAUAUAAAAAAAUCUCACAAAUUCAAGAGAAGUGGUAGAAAUUACUAUGGCUGGUCAUGAUCAGGACAAAACCAAUAAGGCAGUAAAAAAGUUGCAGAAAAGUUACUUCGAUGUGUUGGGGCUUUGCUGUUCUUCAGAGAUUCCUCUCAUUGAGAACCUUCUUAGACCUCUCGAUGGAGUUAAAGAGGUUACAGUCAUCGUUGCCACCAGAACCGUCAUUGUUGUCCAUGACAGCCUUCUUAUAUCUCAGAUUCAAAUUGUGAAGGCACUGAAUCAAGCAAGAUUGGAAGCAAACGUGAAAGUACAUGGGGAAGAGAAUAUGAAAAAAAAAUGGCCAAGCCCAUACGCAAUAGCUUCGGGGGUGUUGCUUAUGUUGUCGUUUCUGAAAUAUGUGUUUCGGCCGCUUGGAUGGUUGGCUCUUGGAGCGGUUGCUGUUGGCAUUAUCCCUGUUUGCUUGAAAGCAUUAGUGGCCGUUCGGAAUCUGAGGCUUGACAUCAAUAUCCUCGUUAUUGUUGCAGUGAUUGGAACAAUUGCUAUGAAUGAUUAUCUAGAAGCUGGAACCAUAGUUUUUCUCUUCACCAUUGCAGAGUGGCUUGAGACAAGGGCAAGCCACAAGGCAAACGCAGUAAUGUCAUCGCUGAUGAGCAUGGCACCUCAAAAAGCGGUCAUAGCCGAAACAGGAGAAGUUGUGGAUGUUGACGAGGUCAAGUUAAACACAGUUCUUGCUGUUAAGGCUGGUGAAGCCAUCCCCAUUGAUGGAAUAGUUGUGGAUGGAAAAUGUGAAGUGGACGAGAAAACAUUAACUGGAGAAUCUUUCCCAGUUGCCAAACAAAAAGACUCUAGUGUUUGGGCUGGAACAAUCAAUCUAAAUGGCUAUGUUAGUGUCAAAACUACUGCCUUGGCUGAAGAUUGUGCAGUGACUAAAAUGGCAAAGCUUGUGGAAGAGGCUCAAAAUGGCAAGUCAAGAACUCAGAGAUUCAUUGACAAAUGCGCAAAGUUUUAUACCCCAGGGGUGUUGAUUAUAUCGAUUUCACUCGCGGUGAUUCCUGCAGCAUUACGAGUUCAUAAUCAAAACAUGUGGUUUCACUUAGCUUUGGUCGUUUUGGUGAGUGCAUGUCCUUGUGCUCUCAUUCUUUCAACUCCUGUGGCAACAUUUUGUGCCCUUACAAAUGCAGCAACAUCUGGUCUACUGAUCAAAGGGGGUGACUACCUUGAAAUUCUUGGUAAAACGAAGAUUGUGGCAUUCGACAAAACUGGUACGAUAACAAGGGGUGAAUUCUUCGUAACAAAUUUUCAAUCUCUCCGUGAUGAUAUUGGCUUGAACACAUUACUUUACUGGGUAUCAAGCAUUGAGAGUAAGUCGAGUCAUCCAAUGGCGGCUGCUCUAGUUGACUAUGGACGAUCACGUUCGAUUGAGCCAAAGCCUGAAAUCGUGGAGGAGUUUCAUAAUUUUCCAGGAGAAGGAAUUCAUGGAAAACUUGAAGGAAAUGAUAUUUACAUUGGUAACAAGAAAAUUGCUGCAAGAGCUAGUUGUGAAAUAGUUCCAACACUGGAAGGCUAUGCUAAAGAAGGGAAAACUGUUGGUUACAUAUACUCUGGAGGAAACCCUGUUGGAAUUUUUACACUAUCUGAUGCUUGUCGAUCUGGGGUUAUUGAAGCAAUCAACGAGCUAAAGUCAUUAGGUAUUAAAACAGCUAUGCUCACCGGAGAUAGUCAUGCAGCAGCGAUGCAAACACAUGGACAGCUAGGGCAAGCUCUCGAGGUAGUUCGUGCAGAACUUCUACCUGAGGACAAGGUCAAAAUCAUCAAAGGGUUUAAAAAAGAAGGAACUACAGCCAUGGUUGGAGAUGGCAUUAAUGAUGCCCCUGCUUUAGCCAUAGCUGAUAUAGGAAUCUCCAUGGGCAUUUCAGGUUCAGCACUUGCUACAGAAACCGGGCAUGUGAUUCUCUUGUCAAAUGACAUUAGAAAGAUACCUAAAGCCAUCCGGCUUUCCAGAAGAACUAUUCGAAAAGUGGUUCAAAAUGUCAUACUGUCAAUUACUACAAAGGUUGCAAUCCUGGCUUUGGCCAUUGCUGGCCAUCCGCUUGUUUGGGCUGCAGUUCUUGCUGAUGUAGGAACUUGUUUACUAGUAAUCUUUAACAGUAUGCUACUUCUAACAGAAACACAUAAACAUGGAGGUAAAUGUUGCAAAUCUUCUUCUGCACCUCACGUCCAUAAGCACGGCUGCAAUGAGAGUCAUCAUAGCCACUUACACCAUAAGCACCAACAUUGUAGCUCCAACAGCAAAGCUCCAAAGGUAUGUGAACAUAAAAAGUGUUCUUCCCACACAAAGGAAUCAAAAUGCUGUGAACCUAAAAGGUGUUCUUCCCACACCAAGGAAUCAAAAUGUCAGGCCAGCACCGAUGGUGCAAGAUCAUGCAGUGAUAACGAGUGCUUGGACUUGGCUGACAUGCAUGAUGCAUGUGUGGAUAAUAAUGCAUUACACAAUGCAAAACACUGUCACCAUCAUGGGAUUUCUAACAUGCUUAAUCAUGAUUUGGAGUCCCAAGAUACUCAUGAUCGCAGUUGUUCAAGCCCUCAAAAUGUGAGCUCUUGUAUGGAAGGUGAUUGUGUAAAAACAGGGAGAGAAGGUGAUUUUGUAGGAGGCGAUGGAUGCCACGAUGCAGAGCAGUGUGAUCAUUCUUCUUCUUUGGUUCAAUACAAUAAAGUGGUAAAUACUAGUGGUCAUUGCCACUCAAUCCACUGUGGGAAAACCCAUAAAAACAAUAAAGAGCCAGGGAAAACAGUUGUAUCAAGUUGUGUUCACAAACAUCAAAAUAUCGAGGUUGAUUCUUGUAUGAAAAAGUGCGGUGGAGAUCACACGACCAUUGAUAUAGACCGUGGUAGUGAAUCUAGUGAUCACAGUGAGCCUGUGGCCGUGGAAGGUUGUGUGCAUUUAGAGAAGAGGGAUUUAGAUUUGUGCUGCGGGAUGAACGUUUGUACAAGAUCUAAUGAUAUUCAUGCUUGCAAGAGUUUGGAGAAAAGAGAAAUGGGUGGUUGUUGCAAGAGCUACAUGGAGGAAUGUUGUAAGCAUGGAAAUUUUGGGGCUGCCUUUGGCGGAGGUCUGUCAGAAAUUAUCACUGAAUAGGAACAUACCAAAUAUGCAAGAUAUCCAAGAUAUAUAUAUAUAUAUAUAUACACAUAGAUAUAUAUGCUCUUAUUUACCUUUUCCAUAUUUUCUUUUAUAUUUGAAAAUUAAGAAAUUAGGAAAUUUUGAAGAAAUGGCAAGGGCAAGAGAUUGCAAUCAAGAUAGUAAAUUAAAAAGAAAUGUAUUAUGUAUGAUUGUAUUAGCAUUAUGUACAAAUUUUUCAUAGAAAUAAAAUGUUUGAGGUUUUAUAGUUA